AAUUCUGUCGUAACGGGACAUCGUGGUCUGUCCCUGGGUGAUGCAAUAACUCAGAUCAAUUCUUGCCCCGUGAGUAACCAGUCGGAUUGGUUCCGUUGUCUGGAAGAAGCUCACAAUCGCCCGUCUGGUUAUUGUGUGUCUGGUCUAUAUAUUAGCACAAUGGAUGCUGGUCAACACAACGGUCCGAGACGAAAUUUAGCCGCAGUCGUUGCCGGCAAUCGCCCACCUACGAGCGAUUCGAACGCAGUAGACACGGCAUCGGCUGUCGUGGUUCCUUCUGCUGUGGAUUGCUGCUCUGGUCAAUCGGCUUCAACGCAUUUAUGCUUCACCUAUAUGGUACCGUCAAAGCAUGGUGUCCGAUCACCGCGGUACGCAUGUUUACCGGCACGUGCUGUCACUGAACGCACUCCGUGUCGUGUGGCAUCUGACUGCGGUCCUCCUGGUCUUUUGGCUCGCAGCCCAGGUGGCGUGAAUUCCGCCGCCGAAGUGCCUGGAGCACACGGACUGUCGCCUGCGGGACGAGGUAUGGUAUGCGUUGUUCCCAGUCCACCCGACAACCAAACCCGCCUUGUACGUCUUGUUCAUAGUCGCAAAGAGGCGCCAGCUAUUCUUUUUCUCGGUCCAAUGGAUGAUUUGAUCGCCUCCGUGGGCGUGUCGGACUACGUGUCCCGAUGGCCAGUACUUCUCUCGCCUGGAUUUCCUGCUUUUCUCAGUCUGUUUUGCACCUAUCUCUUCUCACUCUCCGGUGCAUUAGUGAUUUUGAAUGUGGUCCCGUGCUAUGCCCUCGACGGUCAGUGGAUCCUCAAGGCGCUGAUCGAUUUGUGCUUGACAAGCUAUGUUCCGUGUCGACGCAAGCGGCAACUGGUGUUUCGAUGUGUUCUUUUUCUCGGCAGCGUUUUGCUCUGCGCCAACCUGGCUCUUGCAUUGGCCUACUUCAUUUUGGAUGUGGACAUCACCGGUUGGCGUUCUACUUCCCUGGCAGCUCCGGAGCAGUCGCCUUUGCCCGGUUAG